UGAAAACCACAAUUUGGUCCCUACUUCCGGUUAUUGCAAAAGUUACUGAAAUCAAAGAAAAUUUUGCAAACUUUUCGAGUUUUCGUGUAACCAUUAGUUUGCUCAUUAACGUCACCCGUAAGCAAGCCCACCAUGUCUCGAGUAAAGCAACCUGCAAACCAGAAACGUCUGACAAACGUUGCAACUGUUCGACUGAAGAAGGGUGGUAAGCGAUUCGAGAUAGCCUGCUACCCAAAUAAGGUGACGUCAUGGAGAAAUAAAGUGGAAACUGAUAUUGAUGAAGUGCUUCAGACUCACACAGUUUUCACCAAUGUUUCUAAAGGAGAAGUGGCUAAGACCGAGGACCUGAAGAAGAUCUUUGGAAUAGAUAACCAUUCUGAGAUAUGUAUACAGAUUCUUGCCAAGGGAGAAAUGCAGGUGACAGAGAAAGAGAGACAAGCUCAACUAGAAUCAAUGUUUCGAGACAUCGCUACCAUUGUUGCUGACAAGUGUGUAAACCCAGAGACUAAGCGUCCAUACACCGUGACAAUGAUUGAGAAAGGCAUGAGAGACCUGCAUGUGUCCGUGAAGCCUUCUAAAGGAACAAAACAACAGGCUUUGGAAGUGAUAAAACAACUGACUGAAUCUGAGACCAUGAAGAUCCAACGAGCGUUGAUGCGCAUCAGGCUGACAAUACCGGCCAGAGAGGGAAAGAAGCUGAGAACCAAAGUACUAAAGCUUGCUGUUAAAGUGGAAGAAGAUGAGUUUGGGGAGGAGCUGGAGAUGGUUAUUCAGAUUGACCCGGGAUGUUAUCGCGAGAUCGACGAGCUGAUCCGUACGGAGACGAAAGGUCGAGGUCAGCUGGAGGUCAUCAACUUGAAGGAGGUCGAGGAGGGUGAUGAGAAGUUGGCGUAGAUCCCGGGAUUUGUGAUGUAAUCCAUCUCAGUGUUCCAGACCCACUGCCAUAUUUCGAGAGGCGGAUCUUUAUCCCCAGGCAAUAGGUCUUCCAUUCAGAGCUAUAUUUUUGAGUGAAGGAUUCACUUACCAUGAAGUGCAAUUGUAUGAUCAUGUCUGAAUGAGUAUUGCAGUCUAGAUUUGGUAAUCAGGUGAAGGAUAUAUUGAAUCCUUGCUGUACGAAUUAAGACCUAAGAAUAACAGAGGUCAACUUUCAGAGGUCAACUUUGAUUGUUCACUUCUUCGAAAACAAUGACCCUGUUUCAAGCGAUCUAAUGAUGAGUCAUUUCUUUGUCAUAGAAGUGGUAAUCAUAUCUUAAAUCUUACGUUCACGAUCAUCACGGCCUCAAAGUUG